UUUUUUCUUAGAGGUUGAAACGAUCUGUAGUUCGAUGAAUAAGCUGAGUAAUGUUUUCACGUAUUCUUUCCUUGGAUGAUUUUUAGUUUUAGAGAUUGAAAUCCAGGUGAAUAUAAGAAGAUAUUAAUUAGGGAUUCUUAUCGUUGGGAAGUAAACAGCAUGGAUCAAUGGAGGAGAAGUUGUUUUGAGGAUGAGAAGGACGAUCAAGACACGAUAUCAUCAAAAUUCGACCUCGAAGGAGAUGAUUCAUUUCCAAGCAUAAACAACGACCACAGACCAGCUUUAGAAGACGAGAAAAGCAGUUCUAUCGAGAAAAGGAAUCUUUUGAAAAGCUCAGAAAAAAAUGUGAACUCUAACGACGAGGAAAGAACAUCCGAAUCGACCGAAGAAAGUCUAAUCACGUUAAAUUCCUUAGAACCUGAACUAGACGAAAACAGCAAAGAAACGGAAGAAAACGACGUUGGAGAAAAGAAACUCGAGACGAAAAACGAGGACGAGGACGAGGACGAAGGAACUUAUGAAGAACUGAUUUGCCUCGUACGGCAGUUUUACGUUGAAAAACCUAUCAACCCUGCUGCUCUGGCACAUCAAAAUAUCGAAACUUGUUAACAGCUGGCGAAAAAAAUCAGUACGCAGUUUAUCAAUGAUAUAUGAACACGUGUAUGAGGACGCCGCCAAAGAACUAAUCUUUUUUCAACGCUAUGAAAAUAUUAAACAUUGGAUUGCGGCGACAAAGAGGCAUGGAACGUUUGACCUCGACUACAAUGCUGACAAGCUAUCAAUAUAGAAAAAAAUGGAUUAUUCUGUCGCAUAAUUGUAUAUGAAUUCAUAAUGUACGACUGCGGUACAUAAGGAUUAUUAAAGUGCCUAGUACAAUAAGGUCUGCGCUAAGCUGGGGCUUGAAGCUAGUGUAGUUUCGCAAAGGCACUUGGGAACACUUGGCUGUUAGAGAUUCCGCGCCCUAUAUAUUCACAGGUCAAAAGCAAAGUUGCCAUUGAGACAGCAAGGUCCAGAUUUGAACAAUUCGUUGAAAUAACUUUACAGUGUUGAAUGAAUGCUUGGUGUUUGACUAAAGAACAGAAUUGGAAAAGCGGUGAACACACUUCUUUACCUUGGGCGUAAAGUUUUCCCUUUUCAGACCACGUGUCAUUCUCUCGAGAAUAAGAUUCUUUCAGAAUAAUUCCACUGUAUGCGAGCUUAGCCUCGAUCGAAUCCAGGAGUUUCUUGUUUAGUUUUUCUGAUUUCUGAAUAUUUUUUUUUCUGAAUUCAAAAGUGAGUCUUAAGAGUUUUAAGAGUCAUCAAUAUUUAUGUUUUCUCAUGCACAACCAUCAAAUAAAGAAGUAAUACUCAAAGGAAUGACGUGUGGUAUGAAAUGAGAAAAUAUUACGCCCAACGUAAAGAGGCCUAUUUUCUGUGUCCAUCAGAAAUUUCCUUGAUCUAAUAAAUAUUUGCCGCAAAAUUUUAAAAAAUAAAUAAAUAUCAUAGCUAAGAGUUAAUUAAAUAAAUUAUUAUUUUUUAAUUUGUUUGAAAAUGUAAAUUCAAAAUAAUGAUAUAUGAUUCCUUUCACGAUUAAGGCCAGGCUCAGA